CCACUCGAAUUGUAAUUACUGUUUUUUGUGAAAACUCAAUAUUUUGAUUGGUGUUUUCAUAAUAAAUUUAUAAAAUUAAAUAUGUGUACUUUGUAUUUGAACUUGCUUUUAUGUGUUAUAUAUUUUUGUAAAUCUAGUGACAAUCCGAAUAAAAGUAUUAAUAAAUAAUAAUAACUACGCCAAUGGAUCCUACGUAAAAUAAGUAAUAAGUAAUAAAUAAGUUUACGUAUAACCGAGCUGAAAAUGCAAAAUCCAAGAUAGCUACGACGUUUCUGUUUGUCACCUUUAUUUCACAAAAGUUAGCUUUAGGAAAUGCACGGAAAUUCGGCGGUCCAUGUUCGCGACGUCGUGAAAAGUUAUGGAGAUAAGAAAAUAUUGGACAGUUUGUGCAUGACCGUCGAAAGAGGAUCCAUAUAUGGACUUUUGGGGGCCAGCGGAUGCGGAAAAACAACUCUGUUGAGCUGCAUAGUGGGGCGGAAAAGUUUCCAUUCGGGGGAGAUAUGGGUUUUGGGCGGUAAACCGGGCGAGAAAAACAGCGGCGUACCGGGCCCGAGAGUGGGAUAUAUGCCGCAAGAUAUAGCGCUUGUAGGGGAGUUUACGGUUAGGGACGCAGUGUUCUUCUUCGGGAGGGUGCUGAGUAUGAAGGACAACCUGAUUAAAGAAAGGUUCGAGCACCUUUCGAAGCUGUUGGAGUUGCCUCCGCACGACAGGUUCUUGAAGGACUGCAGCGGAGGUCAACAGAGACGAGUAUCAUUCGCGGCCGCCAUGGUGCACAAACCAGAAUUGCUCAUUUUAGACGAGCCCACGGUGGGAGUUGAUCCUGUAUUAAGAGAAAGAAUAUGGAACUUUUUAGUCGAGACUGUGGCUAAAGAAAAUACGGCUGUGAUUAUUACUACGCAUUACAUAGAGGAAGCUAAAGAAGCAAAUAAAAUAGGAUUAAUGCGGGGAGGCAAACUCCUAGCUGAAGAAUCUCCGAGUAGAUUGUUGACUUUGUUUCAAACCGAUACGUUGGAAGAGGCCUUUUUAAUACUAAGCAGGAAGCAAGAAGAAGGACGACUAAACAAUGUGAUCGAGACGAUCGCGAGGGAACAAAAUGGCGAUAUAGCGUUGCAAUCCGCCUCGUCUACUACGUCAGUCGUCACAUUCGAUGUCGCAUACGGAUCCAAAGAUGAACUUACUUCGGAUAAAAAGAGACAAAAAAUAAAGAAAGCAUCGAAAACGAGUAUAAACGGUGACCGAAUGAGGGCGCUGAUGGACAAAAAUUGGAAACAGUUCUACAGGAACGUUACAGGCAUCAUGUUUCUCAUCACGUUUCCAAUCAUACAAAUCCUGUGUUUUCUCUACGGGGUUGGAGGUGACGUCAAGGGCCUCAAACUGGGAAUCGUGAAUCAAGAAAAUUUGAACACAGCUUGUCAAAAUUUCCCCUUUAACGGUACUGCGGAGCCCUACGGAUUCAGCGAUUGUCACUUUCGCAAUAUAAGUUGUAGAUUUUUGACAUACUUAGACCACCCCAUGAUUACUAAGGUUUAUUUCGACACUCUGGACGAAGCUACAGAGGCAAUAACGCACGGCGAGAUUUUGGGCGCCCUCUACAUGAGCAGUAAUUUUUCUGAAUCUUUCGAGGAAAGGAUUAAGCAAGGCAAGGACGCAGAUUCUUGGAUUACAGAUUUCGGCGAGAUAAAGGUCUACAUGGACAUGUCUAACAGACAAACCGGCGCUACAUUAAAAUACAAACUGUAUAAUUUAUUUUUCGAUUUUCAAGAAGAACUGUUCAACGAGUGCAGAUGGGCGAAGGGGCUGGGAAAUUUACCCGUGCGGGAAGAGUUUGUCUAUGGUCACGAGGAUGAAUCCUAUACGAUUUACAUGACUCCCGGAUCACUUAUAACUAUGGUAUACUUCAUGGGUUCGAUGAUGACGUCCCAGAUCAUGAUAACGGACAGAAGGGAAGGCGUAUGGGACCGUUCCAUCGUAGCCGGGGUUACGUCUUUGGAAAUCACGCUCUCCCAUUUCAUUCUCCAAGCGUGCAUUAUGGUGGUGCAAAGUUUCGAGGUGUUGGUGGUUGUCUUCGCUAUUUUCCAGCAAGAAUACUUGGGCAGCAUGGCGUUGAUAGCGUUCAUCACGUACCUGGAGGGCAUUUGUGGUAUGGCCUACGGAUUUUGGGUUUCAGUGAUUUGCGAAGACCAUUCUCAGGCUAAUAUCGUGGUGACCGGUGGAUUUUUGCCGAUGAUGUUACUUUGCGGAUUAAUAUGGCCGACAGAAGCCAUGGCAUAUCCUUUGCGCAUCUUUGCCAAGUGUCUGCCCUUCACUUUGGCUAUCGAAUCGUUGAGGAAUGUGGUCAAAAAGGGGUGGUCCUUCUGGGACCUGCAGGUGCUCCACGGUAUAGGAGUCGGUUUCUUUUGGACGCUGUUCCUCGGAGUCGUUAGUAUAUGGAUGAUUAAGUUGAAGAGAUAAUACAAUUGUCGCGUAUGCUUUCAUAAUAUAAUAUAACAAAUUG